CUCGGAAUAACACAAUAUACAAAUAACGUUAAUCUCGAGAAGAAGACAUACGUAUCAACGUGGUAUCGACGUAGGAGGUAGUAGUUGUGAAAAAAAUUACAAAUGGGCUGAACUCCUAGAAUCCUAAGAAAUAUUCCACAAAAAAAUAAUAAACCUGGAAAAAAUUGUAAUUUUGCUUAGUCGUUUGAAGAAAAGUUUGAAAAUGUGGAAGACUGAUCGGAUUCUGUUGAAAACUUUAGGGCGAAGGUCCUACACUAGCACAAAGAAGGUAAUAGCGAUAAGACGGGAAGAUCAAAGCGUUUGGGAAAGGAGAGCUUCUUUCUCACCAUCACACGUCAAAAAGUUAGUCAGAAAUGGUGUCAAGGUUAUUGUGCAACCAAGUAACAGAAGGGCAUACCCUAUGCAGGCCUAUCUCAAUGCCGGGGCCAUCGUCCAAGAAGAUAUUUCCGAAGCUAACGUCAUUUUCGGGGUUAAACAGGUACCUCUGGAGCACCUGAUACCCGAGAAAACAUAUUGCAUAUUUUCACACACGAUUAAGGCGCAAGAGGGAAAUAUGCCUAUGUUAGAUGCGAUAUUGGAAAAAAGAAUUAGACUUAUUGAUUACGAGAAGCUGAUGGAUGAGAAAGGAAACCGUGUAGUUGCUUUCGGUAAGAUGGCAGGAAUAGCCGGCAUUGUCAACAUUCUGCAUGGACUUGGGCUUAGACUACUGGCUCUAGGACAUCACACACCUUUCAUGCAUAUUGGACCCCCGCAUAAUUAUAGGAACUCCAGCAUGGCUCGACAAGCAGUUAGAGAUGCAGGCUACGAGAUUGCACUAGGUUUAAUGCCCAAAUCCAUUGGACCAUUAACAUUUGUAUUCACUGGAUCUGGAAAUGUAUCUCAAGGUUCCCAGGAAGUAUUCCAGGAGCUGCCUCACGAAUACGUUCCACCUGAGUUGCUAAAAAAAGCUGCAGAGCAUGGCAGCUUGAAUAAGGUGUACGGCUGUGAGGUGAGGAGAAGGCAUUACUUGGAAAGGAAAGAAGGUGGUGGAUUCGAUUCUGCUGAAUAUGAAGAACAUCCAGAAAGAUAUAUUUCAACAUUCAGCAAAAAGAUCGCCCCAUAUGCAUCAGUGAUAGUGAACGGAAUUUACUGGGCUCCAAAUAGUCCUAAGCUGUUAACCAUACCUGACGCAAAGUAUUUGCUGAGACCAGCAAUAACUCCUUGGCUACCUACAUCCGUUGGGGCACCAGCGUUACCUCAUAGAAUGUUGGCCAUUUGUGAUAUUUCGGCAGAUCCAGGAGGUUCAAUAGAAUUUAUGAACGAAUGCACAACAAUAGAUACUCCGUUCUGCCUAUACGACGCCGACAGAAACAAGGAUACCAAAAGCUUCAAAGGUCCUGGUGUACUUGUGUGUAGUAUAGACAACAUGCCUACACAAAUGCCCAGGGAAAGUACAGAUUUUUUCGGAGAUCUUCUCUUUCCAUUUACCCAUGAUAUCCUGCAAAGUAAUGCUCAGGAGCCGUUGGAACAGCACAACUUUUCACCAGUGGUGCACGGAGCGAUCAUUGCGAGUAAUGGCCAACUGACACCAAACUAUGAGUACAUUCAGGAAUUGAGGAAAUCACAAAUAAAAAUGAGACACAAAGAUUCUUACAAAGGUGACAACACCAAAAAUGUUCUCAUUGUUGGAGCAGGAAGAGUAGCUGCACCAUUGGUGGAAUAUCUGAAUAGAGAUAAAACGUUAGGCAUAACAGUGGCUUGUGAACAAAGAGAGUUGGGAGAUAACUUAGCCCAAUCCUACCCUGGAAUUGAAAGUGUUUAUUUGAAUGCUGCUGACAACCACGCUGCUCUACAAGAGCUUGUGAGUAGACACAACGUCGUUGUGUCCAUCUUACCAGCGGACUUGCAUUCUACAGUAGCAAAGGCUUGCAUAAAUGCCAAAGUACACAUGGUCACCGCCAGUUAUAUGGCCAACGAAAUUAAAGAUCUACAUCAAGCUGCAGCACAAGCUGGAGUUACUAUCUUGAAUGAAGUUGGGCUGGAUCCCGGUAUCGAUCAUUUACUGGCAUUGGAGUGCAUUGAAGAGGCUAAAGAAGGUGGAGGCCGCAUUACAUCAUUCGAAUCUUUCUGUGGAGGAUUACCGGCUCCGGAAUUCAGCGACAAUCCUUUGCGAUACAAAUUCUCCUGGUCACCUCAUCGAGCGCUCUUGAAUACUCUCUCCUCAGCUAGAUAUUUAAGAAAAGGUCAAGUUGUCGAAAUCAGUGAAGGUGGUGAACUGAUGAGAGCUGCGAAACAACUCGAUUUUCUUCCUGGAUUUAACCUAGAAGGCUUCCCUAACAGAGACAGUAUUCCUUAUGCUAAGUAUUAUGGUAUCGACGAUGCCACGACGAUUUUGAGAGGAACUCUGCGCUAUUCAGGCUUCUCCCAAGCGGCUAGAGAGCUUCAAAGCGUCGGUUUGAUCGACACCCAAGAACACCCAGCUUUACAUUCGCAGGGACCCGACAUUACAUGGAGACAUCUCAUCUGUGACUUGCUAGGUCUCGAGGAUGACACGAUCCUGUUAGGAAACCUAAGGAGCAAGAUCGUGGAAAGAACGGGUUCCGAAUUCUCGGUAGAACUGUUAGAAGAGCUUGGUCUACUGGACGAUAAGCUGGUCGUUAAGAAAGGGACGCCUCUGGAUACACUCACACAUUAUUUGACUUCCAAAUUGUCUUUAGAAAAAGAUGAGCGAGACUUGGUGAUUUUGAGGCAUGACAUAGGGAUCUUGUGGCCAGAUAAUAAAAAAGAAAACAAAGGAAUCAAUCUGGUUGUAUAUGGAGACAUAAACGGUCAUUCUGCAAUGGCCAAGACGGUUGGGUAUCCAGCAGCUAUUGCGACUAAAAUGAUUUUAGAUGAUGAAAUUCAAGAGAGAGGAUGCAUCCUGCCGUUUGCUCCUGAAAUAUACCGACCAAUUUUACAAAGACUGAGGACCGAAGGCAUCUCACAUCAUGAAACUUCUAAAUUUUAUUAAACCGUGACUGUAUCUACAUAAAUAAUGUAUUUUUGCACCCAUAUCUUCAUUUGAAAAUACAUCUAGUUCUUUUCACGGUCUUCGGCGGUUACGCUACACUGCCAUACGAAAUAAGUAAACAGAUUGACUCAUGGUACAAUGUGCACAGCUUGACUUUCCUAAGAAAAAUUGAACACUACGGAAGCUGAUAUCUAUCGUAGCUGCUACUCGCUCUUGCACGGACACAUGGAUUGGGCGAUGGAGGGUCGUUAUUUUCACCAGAGCCCGCUUCAGAGUCUUGUGCGCCCUGACGCAAAGAUAGAUAGACAGAGAGGUAGAUAGAUAUCCUCCAUUUUUUUAAGAAUAUAAUCAUUCUUAACGUCAAUGCUAACUUAAAACUAAACAAGAUUAUACGGGAUGUUAGGGAAAUAAUAUUCGUAACUUUAAGAGGUUAUUCCUUGCAUUAUUCUAAGCAAAAAAGUUCGUUUUAACUUAUGUCCGAAAAUCAAUCGUUUUCGAGGAAAGUGAGUCGUAAUUGAUUAAAUUUUCUCAAUCAUUUGGCAACGCUGCAAUGCAACCGCGAUUCAACUGAUUCAACGAAUUGUUUACGUUUGUAUGAUAUUUUUGUUGAAAAUAUGCCUUGAAUUAUUGAAUACUUUUACGCAUUUUUUUGUGGCUAAUAUUUUUUAUUCAAUAACGCUUUGAGUAAAGUAGUACAUUUACUUAAAAAAAUUACACAACUUACUGGUACGUGGCGAUACACACCACCAAUUCCCACGAUUAUCAGUCACUUAUUUGAAACGAUGCGAUGCACGAAAAAAGAAAAAACAUCAUCCGUAAAUCUCAUAAAGUUACCGUUAGAUGUAUUAGUAAUCACAACAACACGCGAUGAUACGUGCAGUGCAGGCGAAGUACGGCGUUGCCAGUUGUAUGAGGAAUUUUGUUUGUCUGUUUUUCUUCGGAAAAUUGUAUUUAAUAAGCAAGAAAAUUAUUUUGUUAGAGACAGUUAAUCAAUAAAUGGAUGUAUUGAUACAUUUUCCGCUAUUAGGCAUAUGAAUUUAAAUGAUUAAGUUGCAAAAAGAAAUAAAUUCAGCAUUUUUUUGCUCCGAAACGGUUGAUUUUCAAGUUGACCCGUCUAAAAUCUUGAAAAGGCCUACUGAAGAGCACCAACAAUUUUCGUAUUUUCUCUAGUUGGUUUAAAUGUAAUUUCAUAUAACUUAGAGGGGUAAAUUUGUUGUUAACUCAAUUAGAAUAAGCUAUCUAUCUGUAAGUUACAUUAAGUUACAAUUGAAUCGAGUGAUUGUAAUUUCAAGGUGAUCCGCCAAAAAUCGUGAAACAACCUAUAUUUAGAUUAUAAUGUUUGUAAAUAAUGUGUUAUUUUGUUGUUAUGUGCUGUAAAUGUUUGGAUGUGACAUAAAGUGGAAUAUAUAAUAUUAUUACAAGCUUAAGUUAGCGACUGAAGAAUAACUAUCCCAAUAUACCUACCUCCGUUAUCGUUAUGUUAAUUUAUAUUUCUCUUUUUUUACCCAGGAAACUAAACAUGAAUUUUAUUUUGACGGAAUAUCCGAAGUCUAUCAUUUUUUUGUAAGGGGUCGUUCAAGCAUCACGCAAAUUUCUUACAAGUAUUUACCCUCUUCCUUUGUCAACAAAAGUAAGCAAAUCUCUUAGCCCCUCUCCCAUGCUUACUUAAGCAUUUUGGUACAUUGAUUGAAGCAAGUAAUGGCUUUCACGCACAUGUUCUGAAUACCAUCAUUUAAAGUCAGUUUCCAUUGAACUCCAUUCCUAUGCUAAUGGCAAACUCGGAAUUGGAUUUUUCUAAUUGUUCUGUAGCGUUUUUCUGGGUUUUUUUGGGUAUGGAUUAAAAGACUAGAUUGCACAAAAAGAAAUGCACUAAUUCAUUUAUCUUGCCUAGAUAGAACAUUUAUGUAUACUUUAUCUGAA